AUGGCGGCUAGCUUUCAACCGGAGAGGGAGGAGGAGGUGGUGGUUGCAGAGAAGGUUCUGAGAAGGGCACAGGUGUCGAAGAUGACAAGAGCCCUCCAAGACCGCCUUGCCCUCGCCAAUGUCAAGAUCCAGAAUGGCUGGCAGGACAUGAGCCUCGACCUUAUCGAAGCACAGGUGGAUGAGCGGAGGAGAAAGAGGCCGGCCUCGAGCAACGAUACCAUCUCUGAUACGGCGUCUACGGUCUCCAGCCGGCUCCAAUCGAGCAAUGGCGGCAUGGACUCAUCCCCUCUCACGGCACCAAUGUACUCUGACGACUUCCAACGCUCGGGCAGCGGUCACAGCAACAAACGACUUCGAACAUUGGAUGUACAAAAGUUCCGCUCGUCAAGUGCUAGGACAGGGAGAAGAGCUGCCUCUGGCAGGCAGGCGUUGUGGAAGAGACGUCAGGGCUUACCCGAAUCAUCACCAAUCAAGCACGAAAAGCACGCCCGCUGCCCCUCGACCAACUUCACCCAGCUCUCCUUCAUCUCCGAGGGCUCGACGAUUCCGGACGAGCCGCCCUCUCCCGAAUUCAGCGAAGACGACGAUGCCGACCUCCCUGUGCACAGCUUCUCCAUCAACUCUUCGACCCGCAUCACCUCAUCUCCACCACGGACUCCUCCACCAGACCGGCGAAUGCGCAAGGCUCAUAACGUGUCCUGGUCGCGGACGCCCAAGACUGGCGAGGAAGGCGUGGAUCUGCUGAUGUACCUCGCAACAUCACCGGGCUAUCCGAAAGGCUCUACCGCCAAGACCGUCGUGCAAGCGCCUUCGACUCCACCCGCCAAAGCCACUCCGCUACCUUCUUCACACAUGACACCUGGGAUGGGCGGUGCGGGCUUCGCAUUCGGACCCAACACCCCAGGAACGAACUUCAACUUUGCAGACUUCGUCAAUGUAACGCCCAGCCCCGCUCAAGGCUCGUUCAACCGCACUCCAAAUGUCGGUAGAACGCCAGCAGCGGCAAGAGAAGCAAGACGGAAGCUGAACUUCGACAACCUCGUCCCGCCAUCAUCCAGCCCGGUCAUGACUCGCAGUGGCAGCAGGAACGAGGGCCUAGGAAUGGAGCUGGGCGGAGAACUCGUCUCAUCGCAAUGA